GCUACUUUAUCAUGUUUAGCACAUGGAAAACAGCUCUACUUCAGAAAACGAUGCUGUAAUAUAAUAAAAGGUGCAAAUAGUUGGGGAACGAAUUAAAUUAGGAUAUUUUAGUGCGUGAUUGAACUGUGACACUGUAAAGGAACAACAAGGAAUACACUGAAAAAUAUGGAAAAGUUUUCUUUGGAGAUAGAUGACAGGACGGCUGAGGAGAAGAAAGAGGACAAAAAGAGACAACGUCAAGCAGCUAAAAAUGACAAACCACUAAUGGACACUCACCUCCAUGAGGAUGUUGGUGAGGUCCGUCCCCAAAUCAGAAUAAGGGCUGGAUUCUCUGACGAAAUACAAGGAAAAAAACAUGAACCCAAUCAGCAAGAACGGUUCGACUUUGAGAGGAUUGCUGAUGCUGUGUCCAGUGGUGACGUCUCACGACUGGAGGGCCUGGAGGAGUAUCUGCGAAAAUAUAACAAGACACUGACAAGCAUGGAUUAUUGUCACAAAGGAAAGACAGUCCUGAUGAAGGCCCUGCUAAACCUGAAAAAUGGAGAAAUAGUGGAGCGCUUGCUGAGCAUUGCAGAGAGAAAUAAUAAUCUUCUUGAGUUAGUGAACACAGCACGCACAGAUGACUGCUAUAAAGGACAGACAGCUCUUCACAUAGCCAUCGAGAGGAGAAACAAGGCCUUGGUUAACCUGCUUAUUCAGAAAGGGGCUAACGUCCAUGCACAGGCCUGUGGUACAUUCUUCCAACCAGUAGGCGAAAAUUGUUUCUACUUUGGUGAGUUACCGCUUUCUCUGGCUGCGUGCACUAAUCAGAAAGACAUAGUGGAUCUGCUGAUGGAAAAAGCAGAUGUGAAGCGUACAGACACUCUGGGCAACACGGUUCUCCAUGCUCUUGUCAUGGUUGCAGACAAUAGUGCUGAAAAUACAAAAUUUGUCAUUUCCAUGUACGACUACAUUCUAACCAAAGAUGCUGUUAAGAAUUCCAGUCCAAAGAAACUGGAGGACAUUGAGAACAGUCAGGGACUUACUCCCAUCAAGCUGGCUGCGAAACUAGGAAAGAUUAGGCUGCUUGAACACAUUCUGAAUCGUGAGUUCCAGGAGGAAGAGUGCAGGCACCUGUCCCGAAGGUUCACAGAGUGGGGAUAUGGCCCAGUGUCUGGUGCAUUGUACGACCUGAACUCUAUUGACACCUGUGACCCAAAAUCUGUUCUAGAGAUAAUCAUUUAUGGCCCAGAGAUUCCUAAUCGUCUUGAGAUGCUCCAAAUUGAGCUGCUUAGCAAACUCCUGGAAGACAAAUGGGACAGAUUUGCCAAAUGGAUAUUCCUCUUUAAGUUUAUUGCUUAUACCAUAUAUCUUACCUUCUUCACAGCUGUUUCAUAUCACCGUCAAGACGGUACACCCCCGUUUCCGAUCAGGAAGGGUGGCCUUGGUUCCCUGUUGCUUUUAGGUCAAAUCGUUAUGGUAACUGGAUCAUUCUACUUCAUAUGUAUUGCGGUGGUGGAUUUAUAUAAAAAGCGGCCAGGUCUGCAAACGCUGUUGAUAGAUGGAUACUGUGACCUCCUUUUUCUAUUACAGGCUGUGUUGUUUAUAGUCUGUGCGGUGCUGUAUUUCGCUGGGAAGAAGGAAUAUCUUACCUUUCUGGUGUUUAGUGUGGCUCUGUGCUGGGUUAAUCUGCUCUACUUCUCCAGAGGGAGUCGACACAUGGGGAUCUACAACAUCAUGAUUCAGAGGAUUUUCCUUUCUGACAUCUUCCGCUUCCUCUACGUCUACUUGGUUUUCCUCAUUGGAUUUUCAGCAGCUGUGGUGAUUCUACUCAAGGAUCCUGACAAUGGAAGUUCCUCAAACACGGGCAAUCAAAAUGAGACAAAAACCUAUAAAAGCAUCACUCUCACCACUCUGGAGCUGUUUAAAUUCACUAUAGGCAUGGGCGACUUGGAGUUUACAGAAGAUUAUGAGUACAAAGAUGUAUUUUAUGUGCUGCUCAUAUUGUACCUUGUGCUCACGUACAUUUUGCUGUUCAACAUGUUAAUUGCUCUGAUGAGCAAGACUGUGGAUGACAUGUCUGAUGAGAGCGCCAGCAUUUGGAAGCUACAGCGUGCCAUCACCAUCUUGGAUAUAGAGAGAUUUGCUUGGUUUAUGAAGGCAAGGUUGCGCUCAGGAGUUAAAAAGGACCUGGGCAAAAAAAAAGAUGAGGACUGCCGCUGGUGUUUCAGGGUGCAAGAUGUGGACUGGGAAAAUUGGAACCGCAACCUUUGCAUCAUCAGUGAGGAUCCUGGAAAUUACCAAACAGUCCUGCAAACUGAACCUGACACAGAGCCUGAUGCCAGUCGACAUAGAUUCAUACGGCAUACAUCCAAGGAAGGGCCGGAGACAGAACCCCUGGCCUCCAGCCAAGUGUAAUGGGACUUUAAU